AUGGAAGAGUGUGGGCAUGACUCGGGACCCACCUCGCAGAGUGUCCCCAUGCAAGGCCAAGGUGCCAUCAGCAACUAUGUGUCUCGGACCAACAUCAACAUGCAGUCCAACCCAGUCUCCAUGAUGCACCAGCAGGCAGCCACGUCCCACUACAACUCGGCACAGGGAGGGAGCCAGCAUUACCAGGGCCAGGCGCCCAUUGCCAUGAUGGGCCAGGGUGGCCAAGGGAGCAGCAUGAUGGGACAGCGGCCCAUGGCACCCUACCGACCCUCCCAGCAAGGCUCUUCCCAGCAGUACCUGGGCCAGGAGGAGUACUACAGCGAACAGUACAGCCACAGCCAGGGUGCUGCCGAGCCCAUGAGCCAACAGUACUACCCAGACGGCCACGGUGACUACGCCUAUCAGCAGUCAUCUUAUACUGAACAGAGCUACGACCGCUCGUUUGAGGAGUCCACGCAGCACUACUAUGAGGGGGGAAACCCCCAAUACAGUCAGCAGCAGGCGGGGUACCAGCAGGGCACAGCACAGCAACAGACUUACUCCCAGCAGCAGUAUCCCAACCAGCAGAGCUACACGGGGCAGCAGCAAGGCUACGGCCCUGCCCAGGGAGCCCCCUCACAGUACUCAAGCUACCAGCAAGGCCAAGGCCAGCAGUAUGGAAGCUACAGAGCAUCGCAGACGGGACCUUCUGCCCAACAACAGCGGCCUUACGGCUAUGAACAGGGCCAGUAUGGGAAUUACCAGCAGUAAAGGAGAAGCGAUGUCUUUGGCCCCUUCGUGGUAGUAGGUUCUGGACAAGCCGGUGGCAAUGCCGAUGGGUUGUGGCGUGUUGGGUGCCCUCCACCCGAUGCCACGUCUGCAUGUUAGGCAGGCUCAUUUCACGUGGGUACGAUGCCAGGUGUGCACCACUGGCUGCGAUGGUGUGACAUAUUUGGUGCUGUGUAAAGUAUUGCAUAUCGAUACAACAGAGAGGUUAUCCUGUUUCUGUCCCUCACCCGCUCCUUGAUGUUCUUAGCUAGCUUUGGGGGGGGUCAUACUGUCAUCACACGUUUUGUGCCCGGUGAUGAGACAAUAUCUACAAGACACCAUGGUCCACGUUACCAUGAACAGACUCACUCUGCCCCUCCUCACACCAUUGUUGCAAAGUGGACUGGAAAUGUUUCUUUAACUGGCUGCCCAUAGCUUGGCACACAUACAUACAACCCUGGGUGGCCAUCUCUUCUGUGCCUAGAUAGGGCUCGGGGACACCUUCUGUGUUUUGGGCCAGUUUGUUGUGUCACUGUAACAAGAAACCUGUGCUUCGUGCAGAAAGACCGUGAGCUGUUCUUUCCAGAACUCACCCAUUGCCUGUGUCUCUCCAAAAAGUUUAUGUCUUUGCAUU